UAUUCACAGGUGAGAACUAUGCAUUCUGGAAGGUAAGAAUGCAAAUAUUUAUUGAAUCUAUUGAUUGUGAAAUUUGGGAUGUUAUUGCAUCUGGUUCUUCUGUUCCUACUAACAAUAUACAGGAACCAAAGCCCCGUGGUCAAUGGACCAUUGAAGAAAAGAAAAGAUUUCAGAAUGACGUUAAAGCUCGGAAUAUUAUUGCAUCAGCAUUGACUGUUGAUGAGUUCUACAGGGUUUCUGUCUGCAAAACUGCUCAAGAAAUGUGGGACGUGCUCAGAGUAACACAUGAAGGAACAGAUGACGUAAAGAGGGCAAGAAAGAAUUCCCUAAUUCAAGAAUAUGAAAUGUUCCGGAUGAAGCAAGGAGAAACAAUUUCUGACGUUCAAAAACGCUUCACCAACAUUGUCAAUCAUCUCAUUGGACUAGGUAAGUCAUUUGAUACUGAUGAACUAAACAUUAAAAUCUUAAAGUCUUUAGACAGGUCGUGGCAACCUAAGGUGACUGCAAUCUCGGAGUCACAAAACCUCAACACCAUCACUAUGGCAGCACUAUUUGGAAAGUAUUACAAAAAUCAAGAAAAGUCAUGUGGUGUCUCGAUAGUGGUUGCUCAAAACACAUGA